GUCGGCUGGUAGAGAAUGAUCGGAGUAAUAUCGUACGGCAAUAGAAAACGAGGAUCAAACUGUUUCAAUAGUAAGCCCAGAGGAAACGGUGGAAAACGUGCCAGAAGGACACGAAAUUCACGCAACCAUGCAUCGUCGGAAGCGACGAAUGGACGAGGUAAUAAUAUCAGUGCUGGCCACGAGAGAGCGCUAGCGUUGAUCAACUGUGGCCAAGAGCUGACAGCGAAGAAGAACCGAGCGAAAACGGCAGUGGUGGCGAAAAAGAAGCGCCGCCGAACAGCGAAACCAGCAAGCAGCAGACGUAGCUCAGUGUCAGUGACAGCAGCGAGUAAAAAACAAGAACAAGUACGAUCGACAAGUUCGGCAAGUUUGGCCGAUGGUGGUGCUGCUGGUAAAAUGUGCGAAAAUAAUCCCGUUCCGUCUGGAGGUUCGGGUAGGAAACGGGGUCACCAGCAUCAUCCGAGGUUCAGCGGCAGCAGGAAAUCCAAUGUACCAGCCGAGGACGUGAUUGCAGCGCUGAGAGGUGCCUUCGACAUCAGCGGAUCAUUUACGACGGGAGGCGGAGGCAGUAUUAGCAGCAGCUCGUCAUCGUCGUCACUGCUGAUUGGCAACAGUAUAGUAAACACAGACAUAAUCAUUAGCAACGACGAGAAUGCAAAUCCCCAGCAGAUUGUCACCGGAGCGGGGGUGGAAGACAAACAAUCGAUGUCGAUGACAAUCGAAGCUGAUAAUGACGAUGGUGGUGUUGAAACUGAUGACGGCGAUAUCGCUUGCAAUGAUGAUGAUCUUGUAAAUAAUAAUAGCAGCAAUCUAUGCCAGGAUCUCAACCCGGAAGUGGAACUGUAUCACGAUACCAGUAAAAGUAUAAUAGAAGACGACGAAAGGCUGAUAGAUGAAAGUGAUGAGUUGAUUGAUCAACAACAAAGUAAAACCAACAACACCAGCAACAGCAAUAGUCUAGUUAGUAGCGAUAUAAGCAAUAGCACGACUAGUAAUGUAAUAGUGAUAGACGAUGACGAAGAUGAUGACGGAAGAGGAAGUGCUGCUAGUGGGGAACCGUUGGAGAUAAUCAAGCUGGAAGAAGUGCCCAGCGGUCAGGAGCUAGUCAAGCAAAUUAGCAAAAAGCUAAAACGCAGCAAAAAGAGUCCGUCCUCGGAUGAUUCUAGCAGCGCCAGCGCUGGCCGGAAGAAAUCCAAUACUAGUAGCAAGAAAUCUUCCAAAAAUUCCGAUGGCAGCAGUAAUGGCAAGCAGCGGAAAAAGAUCCGGGCUUCAACGGGUGAUAUUUCCAAACUGGAACGAGCGCUGGGAGACGGAGCACCGUGCGAUGACGGUGGAGCAGCAGCAGACGAGAAUGAUCCGGACGCGGCGGAAUGGGCCAAAUUGCGGUGUACUAGCGAGCGGACUGAGGUCAUCGCCGAAAGGGAACAUCGACGGCAGAAACGAUGCGCGGACUAUCCAGGGCUGGCGUUCGGACGGUCCAUAUUCAGCUCGGAUACGAUGAUGAAAUUCAACAUUAUCCGGAACGAGCUGCACAAUAUCAUGAAGACACAACUGAAACGGGCCGAAUCCGAAGUCGCUGCCCUGAACCGUCGUAUUCAGCUGUUGGAGGAAGAUCUGGAACGUUCGGAAGAACGUCUGGCUUCCGCCACGGCUAAGUUGUCAGAGGCUUCGGCGGCUGCUGAUGAGAGCGAACGGAUUAGAAAAGCCCUUGAAAACCGUACAAACAUGGAAGACGAUAGAGUAGCGAUACUGGAAGCACAAUUAUCCCAGGCUAAGCUAAUAGCAGAAGAAGCAGACAAAAAAUACGAAGAGGUGGCCCGGAAGCUCGUACUCAUGGAACAGGACCUGGAGCGUUCCGAAGAGAAGGUCGAAAUGAACGAAAGCAAGAUCGUUGAGCUUGAGGAGGAGCUGCGUGUUGUCGGUAACAACCUGAAGUCGCUGGAAGUCUCGGAAGAGAAGGCUAACCAACGUGAAGAGGAGUACAAGAACCAGAUCAAGACCCUCACGACCCGUCUAAAGGAGGCUGAAGCUCGCGCUGAAUUCGCUGAACGUUCCGUUCAGAAGUUGCAGAAGGAAGUCGACAGACUCGAGGACGAUCUUAUGCACGAGCGUGCAAAGAACAAAAUGCUCCAGGAGGAAAUGGAAGCAACCCUGCACGAUAUUCAGAACAUGUAACUGUGGCAACCGAUGCGAACACAGUAACUACUACGACUACUAUACUACAACUACAAACAGCAACAAACCAAUCAAUCAAGUUGGCGGGAUAGAUGCUGAUUAAGUGAAAAGUAAAAAAAAAAUAAUAUGGACCCACUAGUCCUCGGGUGCCGUUAAACACUUUUCUCCGGACAGCAUUGUUGUUCUACUUUGCGCGUCGCUGCUGUUACUCAUCGCGUUAUUUGUAGCUGUCACGUCUUUUUUCUGGUUGAAAAAAGAUUCACUUAACAUUCUACAAGUUUACAGUUAAGGAUGAAUCUGUAGCACACACACACACACUUACCAACACACAAACACAUACCAACACAAAAACACGUAAACACAAUCGAGAAGAAAACUAGGAAUGUUUAAGAGGGCGACAUCUACCGGGUCUUGACCGGUAGCUUGCUGCGAACGAAUUGUACAUUCACAUGCCAAGGAAAAGACAAACAUUCCGCGAACAUUCACAAAUCUUUUGAGGUCAAUCAAGAAAGACAUUUUUCUCUUGUUAAGUAGAAAGUAGUAAAGGACACCUUUCAUCUAAUAGGAUAUAACCGUUACUGCCCUUUAUUUUACUGGAAUAAUCCCCCAUCCUUCCGAUUGUUUUGCAAUUUAUUAUUAUUUCUCUUUCAAAGCAAAUUUUCUCUUGUCUUCCGGUUGCCUUGCGUUUCGUAGUAGAGUUUAUUUAGAUAACGCGCAUUUAAACGUCAAUCAAAUGCAUUUAUAGCAACAAUUUUGAAAGAUGAAAAAACAUGAACAAAUCAAGUUUAGAGUGUGUGUCAACAAAGGCAGCAAAAAUAAUUAAAACGAUGAUAGAAAUAAUCAGUAAUAAUAAAUUGCACAAAAAAUGGAACACUCUCCAGAUAAGUUACACCCAUAGAGUUUUAAGUAGUUUGAAGCAGUCGAAUCGAUGAUACGUAUAUGUGUAUUUACUGAAAUUGUAGAAACGGGAAAUCAGAUCAUGGAAAAACAGUUUUGACAGAACACGAACGUCUACUCUCGUCGCCUUACUUUCAUUUCGGUAGGAUUUUACACUUGAGUCCUCUUCUUAAUUUUAGUUUAUUAUGUUUCUUUCUGCAAUAAGUUAUCCCUAUUUUUUAUUUAGUUCGGAACAGAGAAGAUUAAAUGAAGAGUAAUUUAUGAGAAAGCAGUUUUAACGGAUAAUUUUAAGGAUCAGCAUGAGAUAUUUCAGAAGAAAGGAAACUGUCGGCGGUGAAAAAUUGAUCGGAAGAAUUGUAUGGGAACGCGUUAGUUAAUCUGUUAAUGUGCCUUCAACUGUCAUUUUGGGAAGAGAUCCCCUUUUCCGAUUGAUUUUGAGCCGCAUUUAAUUGGAAAUUUUGUGGCAUAGCCAUUUUGAGAGUAUUUUUUGCUUUUCUUUCAUCGGAAGCUAAACUAAGCGCAGUAAGUUGUAAGGACCGUGUACAUUCAAUUCCACCAAGUCCAUUCCACAAAUGAACACAAAACACACAAACAUUCUCUGUACGUAAUUGCAUACCUUCGGCGGAUCCUGCGGAAUCAGAUUGAACUGUAUGUAAGAAUGUACACGUAGACUUCACGAUCAAUACUGUUUAGCAUUUAGGAAUUUAAAAAGCAUUCAUUUCAACUUUGCCAAUAAACCAGCAAGACCAACAACAUCAACAACAACAACAACAAAAAGAAACUACAGCAACUAUAAAAUGAUAUCAUAUUUGAGUGUUUAUAAUAAUAUAUUAUUUUAUUUAAAGCCGA